GGUAUUUUUUGAGUCCACUGUUUGGUUUAGCUAGUGUUUGCAGGCUGUGUCAAAUUCAAGUGAAUAGGCUGGGGCUUGACAUUCAUUUGGCCAUAACAGCUCCGGCCUAAAAAUUCAAAGGAGGGACAUUUUAACUAUACUUUACGUCGACAAAUGUUAAAGUAAUGCAUCCCUGGUUUAGUCAGAACAGGGAGUUCCGCACUUUCACAAAUUGAUGCACUGUGAGGUGAUUGCUAGCUAGCUAACGUUACCCGCAAACUCCCUCCAUCUCGUCGGUGUUUCUGUUUCGGUCACAGCACCUCUGCUCUGUUGCUGUCUUUACAACUUCAAAACAGGUCUUGCGGAUUUUGGUUUUAAGAGCUACAAUGGGGGCGUUUUUGGACAAGCCAAAGAUGGAGAAGCACAAUGCUCAUGGUGAGGGGAACAGUCUGACCUAUGGCCUGAGCAGCAUGCAGGGCUGGAGGGUGGAGAUGGAGGAUGCGCACACGGCAGUCAUUGGCCUGCCUCAUGGUCUCGACCCUUGGUCCUUCUUUGCUGUCUAUGAUGGGCAUGCUGGCUCCCAGGUGGCCAAAUACUGCUGUGAGCACCUGCUGGAGCACAUCACCAGCAACCCAGACUUCCAGAGUGGUCUGGAGCCCAACGUAGAGAGUGUGAAGAUCGGCAUCCGCACAGGUUUCCUGCAGAUUGACGAGCACAUGCGGAACAUCUCAGAGAAGAAGCACGGUGUGGACCGCAGUGGCUCAACUGCGGUGGGGGUCAUGAUUUCCCCAGGCCACAUCUAUUUCAUCAACUGUGGAGACUCCCGGGGUCUUCUGAGCCGUGGAGGAGCUGUGCACUUCUUCACACAGGACCACAAGCCCAGCAACCCACUGGAGAAGGAGAGGAUUCAAAACGCCGGAGGCUCUGUCAUGAUCCAGAGAGUGAACGGCUCUCUGGCUGUGUCCCGGGCCCUGGGAGACUUCGACUACAAGUGUGUGCAUGGCAAGGGCCCCACUGAGCAGCUGGUUUCACCAGAGCCUGAGGUGUAUGCAAUUGAAAGGUCUGAGGUGGAAGAUGAGUUUAUUGUCCUAGCCUGCGAUGGCAUCUGGGAUGUCAUGGCCAAUGAGGAACUGUGUGACUUUGUCAGGUCCAGGCUACAGGUGACCAAUGACCUUGAGAGAGUCUGCAAUGAAAUUGUUGACACUUGCUUGUACAAGGGGAGUCGGGACAAUAUGAGCGUUGUGCUGAUCUGCCUCCCAGGGGCUCCAAAGGUGACUGCAGAUGCCGUGAAAAGGGAAGCAGAGCUGGAUAAGUACCUGGAGAGCAGAGUAGAAGAGAUCAUAAAGAAGCAGGGAAACGAAGGGGUUCCAGACUUGGUCCACGUGAUGCGGACGUUAGCAUCAGAGAGCAUCCCUAACCUCCCUCCUGGGGGUGAACUGGCCAGCAAGCGAAACGUUGUUGAAGCGGUGUACAACAAACUCAACCCAUACCGAAGUGACGACACAGACUCAGCGUCCACAGACGACAUGUGGUAACACAACCCCCACCACAAACACAGCACAGAGUUUACAACCCGCAACCCUCUCAAGACCCACAGCAGCUCCCUUCAGCAGUCUGUCUCCCCACCACUUUGAGCGUUACAUUUUUAAGAAGGGAAUAUGAUGGGAGGACGAGGAGAUGCAAACACACCUCUACACCCUGGAUAGUGCAGCACCAGUCCGCUCUGAAGUUCAGGAUUCCCUCCAUUUUGUCUCACCUUUUAUCCCCCCCCCAAACUUACCCAUAACUAGCGAGUCCAUUAGGUUCUUUUAAAAAAUCAGCUGAAACAAUUUAUUUUUUUGCUGUAAUUAGUUUGAUUCACAUUUCCUUGUGUUUUGUAUAUUUCUGUUUUUGUGAAGUGCAAUUGUCGUGUACAAACAGCCUGUAUUUAAUGCAGCUUGAGUUCAAGUAAAACAAUGAAAGAAGUGAGAAAGAGAACCUUUUAUGCACUAUCUGCCUUUUUCCUGCUCUUCUGGAGUUCCAACAAAUGUCUAUUCAGUGAAUAUUACUGUUUGUCCUCCAGGUGAUAUUAUCCUCCUGCUCUUGUUCUUUUUUAGUUUAAGUCUUUGCUCAUUAAAGAAACGGGUAAAUUGUAUAGGUUCACAGCACAGUAAGCUCUCUAAAUCUAACCAUAUAAAUCCUAAUAUUUACAUGUUCAAUUUUAAUUAUUUUUCAUAUACCUUUUUCUUUAUACGCUGUGGUAACUAUGGUGAAGUGUUAUACAGUCCUUCAUUGUGUUCCUGUCUUUUGGAGAGAAAUGAUCUUGUUGCUCUCCUGUAAACACAACAAAGCAGUUCCAAGAUGCAAGUGAAGAUUAUCCCACCUGACACCUUUUUAACACUUGCUGUGUUGGAUUCCGUGUGUGUGUGUGUGUGUGUGUGUGUGUGCGUAUACUGGCAAGCGUGCCUGGGUGCUUGUGUGUAUGUGUAGAAGUAGGUCUCUAUCUGCAGCACUGUAGCUACUAGCUAAUGUUUGCUAUGGUGGUGCUGAUGUCAGAACCACAUGGGCUGGAGAUUUAGGCGCCAUUACUCCUACAUACCUCUUCUGCACCUCAUCAGUCCUUCAUAUCAGCACAAUACAAUCUCUCACUACCCCUCACUCAGAUAACACUUUAUUUGACAGUGGAAGGAUUAAGUUGACAAAUUGCAAUUUGUACUUCAAAAUGACAUCUACCACAACCACUUUGUAAUUGUCAGUGAAGUCUGUGACACAGUUAACCUGUCUAAUGACAUACAGUGAUUAAAAAAAAAAUGUAUAUAUUUUUUAGUUUGAACCUUGACUAGUUGACAUGUUUUCAUGUGUCAUGAGUGUUCGAUCAUUUACUUUGAAUAAACCACAUGAGGUUGGUGGCACCUUAAUUGGGGAGGAUGGGCUCGUGGUACUGGCUGGAGUGGAAAAGUAUCAAACGCAUGUGUUUGAUGCCAUACCAUUUGUUCCAGACAUGAGCCGUCCCAUCUGCAGCCUCCACUGGAAUAAGCAUAAUAUGUGACAGGUGCCACGUGGUCUAUGAAAGCAUAGGUCAGCUUUAUGACAGCCCAUGCCAAGUGAAGUUUUCUAAGUUUCAGAGAGGAGUUCAAAUCACAACAUUUAUCUGAUUUUUACAAGUGUUUAAGUGCUGAUUGUUAGAAACCCUAGUUACCACCACCAGUCUAAGUGAAAUUCAAUCUUCUGUUUCCAAUUUCCAAGUGGUGUUUUUUCUAAAGAAGCAAAUCUCCAGUUGUUACAUGCAUUUUUGGGCUUGUAAAUUAAUGGUAUGUUCACAUUUGUUUCUUGAAGAAUUUAACUUAUAAAUGCCUAGAGCUUAGUUAGGUCAACUGCUGAUAUACGCUUGUUUUACUCAAAUUCUUGUAAACCAAGUAAAUGUGAACAAACACUAGCCUAAAAAUAUGGAUAAAACUAUCAUUUUGAUAUCAUGGAUGGUCAGUCUUUACAUGUAUAGCUAUGAAUUUGAUUGGUUACAUUUCUCCAGCUUCAACCCAUAGCUUUUUACAGAAACAGGGGUGUUAUAGUUUCAACUGCUGAUUGCUGCUUUAAAUGUUGCUAUAUUCAACUAUACAACCAAGAACAAAUCCACUAAAUGCAUUGAGCUCUCCUAGAGCUCCUUGUAUUUACUGUGUGGUUUGGGGUGCUCUUACUGUAGAGACCUCAGCCACUGCACCAGGAGCUAGGGCACGGUAUGCUGCUAAAGUGUAUGAUUGAUUUGCAGUUAAAUUUUCCCUUUUAAGAAAAAAGUGUAUAGUAUGUAUUUCGUGGUGAGAUGGUUUUAUUUAAAUGUGUUUUCUUCCAUUGUUUAAAAUUCAUUGUUGUAUGUAUAUACAGUCAGUGGCCAGUUUAUUAGGUACAUCCAUCUAGAACCGGGUCGGAUCCCGCUUUGCCUCCAGAACAGCCUGAAUUAUUCGGGGCAUUCUACAUGGUGUCGGAAACAUUCCACAGGGAUGUUGGUUCAUGCUGACGCGAUGGCAUCGUGCAGUUGCUGCAGAUUAGACGGUGGUACAUUCAUUCUGCGAACAGCCCGUUCCAUUUUAUCCCAAACAUACUCUAUUGAGUUGAGGUCUGGGGACUACGCAGGCCACCCAAGUAAGCUGAACUCACUGUCAUGUUCCAGGCAAUGUUUUUCCACUCAAUUGUCCAGUGUUGGUGAUCGCAUGCCCAUUGGAGACGCUUCUUGUUUUUAGCUGAUAGGAGUGGAACCCGGUGUGGUCAUUUGCUACAAUAUUGCCACUGUUAUUUGUCUGUUUAUGGCCCGCCUGGUAGCUUGCACGAUUCUUGCCAUUCUCAUUCGACCUCGCUCAUCAACAAGCUGUUUUCACCCACAGGACUGCCACUGAUUGGAUGUUUUAUUGUUUGUCGCAUCAUUCUCUGUAAACCCAAGACACUGUCAUGCGUGAAAAGCCCAGGAGGGCGGUCGUUUCUGAGAUACUGGAUCCGGCGCGCCUGGCACUGACCAUCAUACCACGCUCAAAAGUCGCUUUGGACACUCGUUUUGCCCAUUCUUACGUUCAAUCAAACCGUAAUUGAAGGCUUCGAUGCCUGUCUGGCUGCUUUAUAUAGCAAGCCAUGGCCACGUGACUCACUGUAGGAGCGAUCCAUGUUCGUAAACGGAGGGGUGUACCUAAUAAACUGUCCACAGUUUAUUAGGUUAGAUAAGUGGUGAGCAAGAUGCUCUUGUUUUGUUUGUGGAUGUUUAAUCAAUUAGAAUGGAGCACUGUAGGUUAAGGUGCCCUUCUAAUUCCUGUGGGCUCUGCUCAGGGUUGGGACACUAUCCUGUUUGUCUGACACACAGGGUAACAUACUGAAUUUGAAAUUCUCUCUCUUUAACCAACUGACAAUCUAAUGAUGAAGGCUAACUUCAGGCAACAAACUACCACGUUGUCUCCUGAAUUUGACCCCUAUAUAUUGUUCAACAUUUUGGGGUCACUUAGAAAUGUCCUUGUUUUUGAAAGAAAAGCUAUUUUUUUGUUGUCCAAAUUGAUCAGAAAUACAGUGUGGACACUUAAUGUUGUAAAUCACUAUUGUAGCUGGAGACGGCUGAUUUUUUAUUGAAUAUCUACAUAGGCGUACAGAGGUCCAUUAUCAGCAACCCUCAAGCUAAUUGAUCAUUAUAACCCUUUUGCAAUUAUGUUAGCACAGCUGAAAACUGUUCUCCUGAUUUUAAGAAGCAAUAAAUAUGGCCUCCUUUAGGCUAGUUGAGUAUCUGGAGCAUCAGCAUUUGUGGGUUCGAUUACAGGCUCAAAAUGGCCAGAAACAAAGCACCUUCUUUUGAAACUCGUCAGUCUAUUAUUGUUCUGAGAAGUGAUGGCUAUUCCAUGCAAGAAGAUCUUGUACAAUGCUGUGUACUACUCCCUUCACUGGCUCUAACCAAAAUAGAAAGAGUGGGAGGCCCCGGUGCACAACUGAGCAAGAGGACAAGUACAUUAGUGUCUAGUUUGAGAAACAGACGCCUCACAAUUACUCAACAGGCAGCUUAAAUAAAUAGUACCCACAAAAUACCAGUCUCAACAUCAACAGUGAAGAGGCGACUCCGGGAUGCUGUUCUUCUUGGCCGAGUUGCAAAGAAAAAGCCAUAUCUCAGACUGGCCAAUAAGAAAAAAAGAUUAAUAUGGGCAAAAGAAUACAGACACUGGACAGAGGAACUCUGCCAAGAAGGCCAGCAUCCCGGAGUCGCCUCUUCACUGUUGACGUUGAGACUCAGUUGUGCACCGGGGCCUCCCACUCAUGAUGAUGCUGAUGCUCCAGAUACUCAACUAGUCUAAAGAAGGCCAGUUGUAUUGCUUCGGUAAUCAGAAUAACAGUUUUCAGCUGUGCUAACAUAAUUGGAAAAGGGUUUUCUAAUGAUAAAUUAGCCUUUAAAAAUGAUAAACUUGGAUUAGCUAACACAACAUGCCAUUGGAACACAGGAGCGAUGGUUGUUGAUAAUGGGCCUCUCUACGCCAAUGUAGAUAUUCCAUUAAACAUCUGCCGUUUCCAGCUACAAUAGUCAUUUACAACAUUAACAAUGUAUACGUAUUUCUGAUCAAUUUGAUGUUAUUUUAAUUACUCAAAAAGUGUUUUUCUUUCAAAAACAAGGACAUUUCGAAGUGACCCCAAACAUUUGAACGGUAGUGUGUAUGUGUGUAUAUAAAAUAUAUUAUAUUACACACACACGCACACAGUUUAGAGAUGGUUUGAUAUGCCACCCUUUUGUUACUGUGUUUUAUGCGUACCUGCAGUUGUUUAGAAAGUAAACCAUUUAAAGUAUGUCUCAGAUUAACGCUUAAAUAUGUUUGUCCAUGAAUGAGGGACUUGGACCCAGGUUCUUUUUUGUUGUGAACUUGAUAUACGAACAGUUGAUGUACCCUUAAACUGCUGAAAUGUCAAUCACACAAACACUUAUUGUUCAGUUGUAUACUUAAGUCAAACAAUGCUUCAUAAUUAUUACACCGCAUUUGCGAUCUUAGAAAAAACAUUAAGUGACUGAAUGAAUCCGGUACCCAAGUCACUUUUUUAAAAUGAGAAAGAAAUGUGGUUAGAUUGGUAAUCGUUAAAAAAAAGAUUUUUUAAAAAGUUGUAUUUCCCCACUGGUUUUGUGGAAGGGAACCAACUUUUAGGAGCACAGAGCCGUCCGCUGUAACACACAAGCCCUAGCUGUUUUAGAGCCUGCAUAGGCAUUUGAAUCUUCCCCUGAGGAUUGCAAACGUUCAUUGUCCUUAUACUCAAGUAUUUUCUCCAGAAAUACUGCAGUAUGUAUAUAAUUUUCAAGUACCUAAAUGAAGUCAAAGGAAAAUCUGUUUAACCUGUUUUAAACUUGCAGGUUACUUAUUUACUGUCAAUGUUUUUAUAAGGCUAGACUGGAAAUAAAUAUAUUUUAUUUCAGAAAUGCAUUACUUUUAUCUUUAGGUUAGCUGCAUAUUUUUCAGUCAUCUGUACAGCUUGACACUGAUUUUGUGCUGCGGCACUUUUGUUUUUAAAGAGUUUUGGAUAGUAUGUUAGUGUUCUGUUGUCGACACACCAGUUUGAAUGCGGACUACUUGCAUAUAUACUGUAAGACUUGCAUAGUGACUAAGGUGUUAGAGAUGGGGCCUUACAUGAACAUGUCAUGUAAUUAUGUGAGCCUCAUAAGGAACGUAUGUACAGUUCCUUCAAAGUAGCCAUACACUGACUUAUUCCACAUUGUUGUUACAGCCUGAAUAUAAAAUGUAAAAAAAAUGUUUUUUUCCCCCUCACCCAUCUACUACUCACACCACCCUAUAAUGACAAAAUGAAAAUGUUUUUCUAAUUUAUUGAAAUUGAAAUCCAGAUAUAAUUUACCUAAGUAUUCACACCCAAUGGUCAAUACUUUUUAGAAGCACCUUUGGUGGCGAUUGCAGCUUUGAGUGGUCUUGGGUAUGUCUAUAUCAGCUUUGCACAUCUGGAUUUUGUGAUUUAUUUUCCCCCCAACCCCCCCAUUCUUCCUUGCAUAUUUUCUCAAGCUCUUAAGUUGGAUAGGGAGCGGUGGUGAACAGAUAUCUUCAAGUCUUUCCACAGAUUUAAUGGGAUUCAAGUCUGGGCUUUGGCUGGGACACUCAAGGACUUGCACUUUCUUGUUCUGAAGCCAUUCCAGCGUUGCUUUGGCUUUAUGCUUGAGGUCAUUGUCCUGUUGGAAGGUAAAUCUUUGCCUCAUUCUAAGGUCAUUUGCGCUCUGAAGCAGGUUCUCAUCAAGGAUUUGCCUGUAUUUGGCUCCAUUCAUUGUUCCCUCUAUCCUUACCAGUCUCCCAGUCCCUGCCGCUGAUGGUAGGGAUGGCGUUAGAUGAGCUGUGCCUGGUUUUCUUCAGACAUAGAGCUUUGCAUUCAGGCCAAAUAAUUAAAUUUUUGUCUCAUCAGACCACAAUCUUUUGCCUUAUGCUUUCAGUCUUUCACGUGCCUUUUUGCAAGCUCCAGAUGUGCUGUCAUAUGCCUUUUUCUCAAGAGUGGCUUCCGUCUGGCCACUCUCCCAUAAAGCCCAGAUUGGUGAAGUGCUGUAGAGACCGUUGUCCUUCUGGCAGGUUCUCCCAUCUCACCCAAGGAGUUCUGUAGUUCUGUCAGUGGUUAUUGGGUUCUUAGUCACCUCCCUGAUUUAAGGUCCUUCUUGCUCAGUUUGGUCAGACGGCCAGCUCCAGGCAGAGUCUGGGUAGUUCCAAUUUAUUUUAUUUUUUUCAAAGUUCGAGACCACUGUGCUCUUGGAACUUUCAGGACUCUAGAAAUGUUAUACCCUUCCCCAGGGUAUUCCUUACCACAAUUCUGUCUCGGCGAUCUACAGACAGUUCCUUAGACUUCAUGGUAUAGUUUCUGCUCUGAUAUGCACUGUCAACUGUGGGACCUUUAUAUAGACAGGUGUAUGUCUUUCUAAAUCAUGUCCAAACAAUUGAAUUGGCCACAGGUCACUACAACUUUGAGUCCACAUCUCAAGGAUGAUCAAAGGAAAUUGGAUGCACCGGAGCUCAAUUUUGAGUGUCUUAGCAAAAGGGUGUGAAUACUUAUGUAAAUGAGAUUUCUGUAUUUCGUUUUUAGUGAAUGUGCUAAAAUCUCGGUGUGUGUGUGUGUGGCUGGCAGGCAGGCAGGCAAAGGAAAACAUGUAUUCAAUCCAUUUUGAAUUCAGGCUGUAACACAACAAAAUGUGGAAUACGUCAAGGGGUAUAAAUACUUUUCUGAAGGUACUUUUUGCAAAAUUCAGAGGCCAUAUCCUGAUCUUAGAUCCAUUCACCAUGCUUGAACCUUUUGUAGAUCUUUCUUUGCCUCCCAUUGAAAUAGGAUAUGGCUCUAAAAGAAUUCUCAAUUAUGGUGCAUUUAUUUUUUUCAAUAUUUGACUUUUGAUCAAAAAUUGACCCGUCUGGUACCAUACAAGACUGACCUAAUUGUUCAAAGGCGUAGCACUUACUAAGCAUCCAAUGUAUUCUUUUUCUUAUAUACCAUAACUACAGUACCUCAUAAAUUCAUAGAAAACCUAUUUGUAUUGGUUGUUGUUUUAGACCCCACCCCCUCUGUAGUUUUGCUUUGAAAACAGCCAUCAUACACUUGGCUGUUCUGACUGUCAGAGUCUGUGGAAUGUCAGACUGAGUUGUCAUAGAGUUGGGCAGACCCAUUGUAAAUGUAUUUGACUGAAAUGUGCAAAUUUGAAAUGUUGAUAUCUAUAAUGUAUCCACUGCAAAUGCUAGUUUUAUUUUAUUAACUAGUAAAAUCAUUGACCUUAUACGAAAAAGAAUGGCCUCAAACCCUUGCUUGUGUAAUUUCACCAACUUGUUUAGCUUUUGUGUGAUAUUCAACUAGUUCAGAGAUCUAGAAUUGUAACAAUGUUCAGGGUUCUAGAAAUGUAAGAUGUGUGAGAGGUAUUUGGUGUAAUUAAUGACAAUGGUUAAAAAUGCACUGAUAGUCUUAUCAGCUUUUUCACAAAUUAUUGUUCUAGAAAAAACGAUGAAGCUCUCUACAGGUUGUCCCUUUGCUCCCCUGGAACUAGUUCUGUUCGGUUCAGAGGUAUAUCUGGCUGGAGUAAAAUAGAUUUGAAUGCUCGCUCCCAUAUUGUCCAUAUUGAUGUACCUCAGUUGUGACGUUACUGUGUGACCCUUAGCAGUGGUGGGUUGUGUCCCCUUAAACAGGGGACCUGAACCCCAUGUUGCUGACCUUUUCAGCUCACUAAUAAGCUCACCGAUUUGCCUUACCCAAUCUAACCCUAUCACUUAAGUACUUGUUUAUUGGAACACUUCAAGGAGAGAUGUAGACAUGACUUUCUUGUAACUGAGAAAUAAAUCAAAUCAAGUGUUUCCAUGUUAGGGUGCUUCUCUUCAAAGUGGCAUACUAUGUUGGUAGUUACAUGGUACACAUUUUCAACCGUUUCUGGUUUGUAUACAUUUUUUUUUUUUUCACGUUACCUUGUUGAAUCUUGAAAGCUUAUUUAAUUGCUCACUCCUGCAGAUGAUGUAAUACUUUAAGCAAAUGCAAGUGUAUAACAAUUGGGUAACCUUGUAAGCAUUAGAAAUGUGCAUACAUACAUACAUGUCUGCUGUAUUUAUGAAUACAUUCAAGAAUGGCUUUAGACUGCUGUAGUAUUGUCUAUGUUAAUUCAACUGCUUCUCAGAGGCCUCUGUGAUUGACUUUGCAAAGUUCAAUAACUGUAUAUUUUGUAUUAUGUCCCAUCUCCAAAGGAAAGACCGAAAAUAAAAUGUUAAAAAGCUUUGUUCCCUGAACUAAAUUGUGCUACUUGUGUUGAGUCGAUUGAACAAAUUGCAUUCCUUGCUUGUGAAUGUUUUUUCUCUUCUUUCCCUGAAUUUCCUCGCCGCCUUUCCGUCCUUAUUUCUUUCAUUUUUUUUUGCCUUUUGAAGUUUGAAAUAAAAUGUAUAGUUUGCAGAAUGUAUCACUAAAUAAAUGGGUUGUUACCUUG